AUGGGGCCCGAGGGCAGGGCCAGGUGCUGGUGCUGCAGCCCAGAGCUAAGCCGCUGGGCGGCUGACAACAGUCCCACACAGGGGCGCUGUGGGCCCCUCUCUCUGUGUGGCCACACCUUGGGCCAGGGCACCUGCUGCGCCGUGUCCUGGGGAGGCCAGGACCACAUGGAUGGGCAGAUCCUGGGCCAGCUGCGCCCCCUUGCAGAGCGGGAGGAGGAGGAGGAGGGGGCCAGGGCUGCCCCAUCUGCAAGGCCGGCCUUCCCCGGGAUGGGCUCUGAGGAGCUGCGGCUGGCCUCCUUCUAUGACUGGCCACUGACCGCCGUGGUGCGGCCUGAGCUGCUGGCUGCCGCAGGCUUCUUCCACACCGGCCAGCAAGACAAAGUGAGGUGCUUCUUCUGCUAUGGGGGUCUGCAGAGCUGGGAACAAGGGGAUGACCCCUGGACAGAGCAUGCCAAGUGGUUCCCCAGGUGCGAAUUCCUGCUCCAGACAAAGGGAUGGGACUUUGUCUGCAGUGUCCAGGAGGCUUGUUGCCACCUGCCCGGCUCCUGGGACCGAUUGGAAGAACCAGAAGACAGGGCCCCUGCCACCCCCUCAGCUCCUGUCCACACGGGUCCUGAGCUGCCCACGCCCAGAAGAGAGGUCCAGUCAGAAGGUGCCAGGGAGCCAGGUAAGGGUGGGACCCACGGGGGGCAGGACCAAGGGCGCUGCUGGGUUCUCGAACCCCCAGGAGCCCGGGAUACAGAAGAGCAGCUGCUGUGCCUGUGGGAGGAGCGGACCUGCAAGGUGUGCCUGGACCGCGCCGUGGGCACCGUCUUUGUGCCCUGCGGCCACCUGGUCUGUGCCGAGUGUGCACCAGCCCUGCAGCUGUGCCCCAUCUGCAGGGCCCCCAUCCACAGCCGCGUGCGCACCUUCCUGCCCUAGG